UCUUGGUCUGCUGGCAGCUGUCUGAUGUGUUUCACUAUGAAUGUUUCCUUGCUGCUGUUGCUGCCUGGCUUCCAGCUGCUCCUGAAUUUCAGUGUGGGAGCCAAGAAACAAGAAGCAGUGGUUUCACCUGAGGACCACAGCACUCGCCUCCGAGGCCUUUGGAAGCUGCACAUGAGGGACGCCCUGCUGAAAGCAAAAGGUAAGCUUCCUCCUCAUCCAAUCAGAGAAGGGGUCAAACAGAAGCUGCUCUACUGCCGUGUUGGGAUUGGCUUCCAUCUCCAGAUUCUGUCCAGUGGCUCCGUAGGAGGUGUCCACAAACCCACCGAGCACUGUUGGCUGAAGGUGUUUGCUAUGAAACACGGAGUGGUGGGAAUCAGAGGAGUCAAGAGUGGCUUGUACCUCUGUAUGAAUAAAGAAGGACUGGCGUACGGAGCAGAGAAGUUUUCUGACGACUGCCUGUUGAAGGAGAACCUGGAGGAGAAUCACUACACCACCUACUCCUCUCUGUCUCACCCAGGCAUCUAUCUGGCUCUUUCCAACAAAGGAGAGCUCAGGAAGGGGAACAGUGUGGGCCGCCACCAGUCCUGCACCCACUUUCUACCUCGGAGGACGCCGUGAUCAGGGUGCACUACCAGCCAGCUUCUGCAGAAAUGGGGCCAAAUUAGGAAAUAUGGUUGUUCACGUUGCAUCUCCAGUUUGUGAGAAAAGCAACAGACUCCACACAGCAACUGGGCCUAAGACUGCAACACGGAAAAACUAAACUUAGUACCACAUUCAAGAGACACAAUGGGUGGGAUUCUUUGGAGCAUUACUUCCUGUAAGUAAGGACCAUGAACUGAGCUCAU